AUUAUAUCCUCUUUGAGAAGAAUAAUGAAUCAAUUCUCUGUCAAAUUUUGAAACUCCGAAAAUGUCACCGCAAGCAAUGAUUAUGUGAAAAAAGUUUUAUAUUAAUUAAAAACCAAAAUUUACUCGCGAAUAACUAUAAUAUGAUAUUCCAUCAAAAUUUAGAGGUACCCUUCAGUUUUGCAAUAUAUUUGUUAGUCAAAAUUGUUUGUGCUUUCGUAAGAUUUCCAAUGCAUAACAAACCAACACUCACCAGCAUCCCUGAGAGAAGCGAAAUCGAUGAAAACGAAGAAAAAAAAUGGGUGUCCAAAAAGAAACACGACGUCUUGAAGGCCAAAUACAGAUGUCUAAAGAAACUAUUCCAAAUGUACGACGCCAGUGUCAUUGGAAUUCUCCCCGAGACCUACUCCCAAGAAACCCAAGCUUCAUUAGAAGAUAACCAAAAAGUUCAAAAACAAAACAAACGCGACAUCGCAGACGCAAGCGCUUUGACUGAUUUCGACGUGACUUACGAUGAAAAACCAGAAAUAACUGUUCUCAAGGACUUGAAUCUAGAUGUGUCUUCAGAAAAAAUCCCUAACCAUAAAUCUAAAACUACAAUACCCAAAGACAAUAAAAGUACGCAAGAUUCCAAAGAUAAUCUUCUAAUCGAAUAUGAAAAAGACGUUGAAAUCAGACAUCGUGUCCCUUAUUUGGUAAUAAACGAAAAGAGGAAACCGACGCGUUUUCAGAACUUCAUUCAGCGAUGUCUUGGCAUCUGCCAAGAGAGGAAUCACGUCGCUAUGUCCUAUGAACACGCAUAUGCAGCGAGUGACAACAUUAUAUCUAAUAGGUACGAAAAACGGCGUCGCCGAGGACUGAGGUUCAGGAGAAUUCGACGGACGAAGAAAUCGUAUUCGGAGAUUGCGUUGGGUGAUGCAAAAAGUCCGAUCAUUCUGUCGUACGUUCAGAGUGUGCAAAAGAACUGCUUGAUGGAUAAAACUCCACGACACUGUCCGAUUGUCGGCUGUAAUAUGAUAUUGUAUGGUAUAAUAAACUACAACGACCACAUCAACCUGUGCCACUUACCGGAGCGUGUGUGCGUGUGCGUGUACUGCCACGAGGGCUUCCCGCGCGACGCGGACCGCCUCACGCACGAGAACGAGCACAUCGGCCUCACCAAGCUGACGGUAGCGCCCUCCACACCAAGGUUCUCGCCAAAGAUUGCGAGCAUCACCCAAACGGAACCGGAAAUGCCAAAAAUACCAGAAGAUAAACUGAAAAAAAUCGUAUCUUUCUUCGACAAAAUCUCAGACCCCGAACAGAUAGCCGCAGAGCUCACUAAGAAUACGAACAAAUUGCAAACUCUACAUAUAAACCCGAGGUCUGGCUCUGCUUCGUUGUCUGGCUCGGAAGAUUCUAAUUCUGAUAAGAUUGUGUACAAGACUCGCAGUAGGGUCACUUCUAUUGUGGACUCUGACACCACUUCGAAGUAUCCUGGCGUACCAUUCAGAUGCGUGAUGUGUGGGGAUAAUUUUAAUACUAGAGGUCAACUGAACUUGCAUAUCGAUCUACAACACCGUGUUAGCGACAAGUUUUCAAAAUACAACAGCUGCGCCGGCAUACUGAACCAUAGCAACCAAAAUGGAUCAAUUAACGUUGAAUCCACAAAUCAAAGUCUUAACAAAUCGCUGGUAUCCACUAAUAUAUCGAAAACGUCGAAUUUAACGAAAUUAUCCAAAAGAAAGUCCAAUGAGACGCUGAGCUACGAUCCAUCGACAAACAUUGUCUAUUACACCUCUACGGAGUCUAUGAAAAAACCAAGUUUCGUUCAGAAAGUGCGCAGUGGAUUUUUUUACAAGUGGGAACCCGGUACUAAGAUAAUACGUGUGUGAGUUUAGUGUUGUUUAGUGCAAACUUGUCCGUUUUAGUGAUGUUUAGUGGAGUUUUGUUAAAUUAUA